CGGUACCGGUCCCGCCAUGCACCGUCUGGGACCAGCGCUCCUGGCCCGCCUGGCGCGGGCCCGGCCCUGGGCCCCGCUGCCUCGGCGGGGAGCGGCAGCAGGAGCCAGCGGUGAGGAGGAGAGGUUUGUCUUCCCCGAGUAUGACCUGGAGCUGACUGAAGCGGAGGUGGCGAGGGCGGCGGUGGUAGCGGCUCCUCCCCGACGGGAGCGUGAUACGAAGAGGCAGCGGCGGGAGUGGGCCCCGGUGGGACAUCCCGACCCCUCGGUACCAGCGAGCGGUAUCAGCUGCUCGGGCUGCGGGGCCGAACUGCAGUGCCGUGACGGCGCAGGGCCGGGCUUUGUGCCGGCGGAGAAGUACCGGAGCCUGUCGGAAAGCCCGGGCGGCACGGAGGGGCUGCGGUCCGCCGUCUGCCAGCGCUGCUGGAUGCUGGCCCACUACGGCCGGGCCCUGCGGCUGGAGCUGCCGCCCGAACAGCACCGCCAGGUCCUGACCGCCGCCCUGCGCCGUCCCCAGCGUCACGGCCGCGGCCCGCUCCUCCUCUACCUCCUGGACCUGCUGGAGCUGCCCGACCCGGUGCUGCCCCAGCUGCCGGGGCUGCUGGGCCCCGACGUCCCCGUCGCCGGACUGCUGGUGGUGGGCAAUAAGGUCGACCUGCUGCCCGCCGACGGCCCCGGGCACCUCGGGCGGCUGCGGCGGCGGCUGUCAGAGGCGUGUGCCGAGGCCGGCCUGCGCGGCACCCCGCUGGUGGAUGUCCGCCUGGUGAGCGCCAAGACGGGCUUCGGGCUGGAGGGGCUGAUCAGCCGGCUGCAGCACUCCUGGAAGUGCGCCGGGGACGUCUACCUCCUGGGUGCCACCAACUCCGGAAAAUCCACGCUCUUCAACAGCCUCCUGCGUUCCGAUUACUGCAAAUCCCGCGCUCCCGAUAUCAUCGACAGAGCCACCGUCUCCUUCUGGCCAGGAACAACCCUGGACCUGUUGAAAUUUCCUAUUAUUAAUCCUACAUUUGACAGGAUAUUCCGAAGGCAGGAAAGACUGAAAGAGGAGGCAACAAAAACAGAAGAUGAGCUAAGCAGUGAAGAAAAAAAGUACCUUAAUCGCCUUAAAAAGCAAGGCUACUUAGUGGGAAGAGUUGGAAGAACAUUUCAACAGCAGAAGUCUAAACUUGAGGUUGACUUUGACCCUGACCUGCUCUCCUACAGCAUCGAUGAAGAUCCCAGACAUUCCCCAAGGCAGCGUCAGGAAAGGGAGGAGUUCACUCACAAUGAAGUGAAGGAUGCUCGCUGGUGUUUUGACACACCAGGAAUUAUAAAGGAAAACUGUGUUUUGAAUCUCCUGACAGAGAAAGAAGUAAAGCUGGUUUUGCCAACAUGUGCCAUUGUUCCACGGACCUUCAUUCUCAAGCCAGGGACAGUCUUGUUCUUAGCAGCCUUGGGACGUAUAGACUACUUACAGGGAGAAAAGCCUGCCUGGUUUUCUGUUGUGGCUUCUAACCUGUUGCCAGUCCGCAUCGUUACCCUGAGUGAGGCAGAUGAUGUCUAUGAGAAGCAUGCUGCCCAGGAGUUACUAAAGGUUCCCAUGGGUGGGGAAGAGCGAAUGAAAGAAUUUCCCCCACUCGUGCCUCAGGACAUUACACUGAAAGGAAUUGGUACCAGUGAGGCAGUUGCAGAUAUCAAGCUUUCCUCUGCAGGCUGGGUGGCAGUGACAGCUCAUGCAGAAGAGGAGCUGCUGCUCCGAGCCUAUACUCCCAAAGGCACAGCUCUGGUGGUGAGGCAGCCUCCCCUUUUGCCAUACAUCAGCACCAUCAGGGGGGCCAGGAUUGCAGGCACUGCUGCCUACAGGACAAAAAAACCUCCCUCCCUGAUUGAAAAUCUGAAAACCACAAGAAGGAGAUAGCACUUUUCAUCAUCUGAGCAUGGCAAAAGACAAAACAGCCUCUGGAGAACCUUGUUGCUUAUUGAUACUCGGGAGAGUUUGGACUCCUCUUUACAGGCACAUUUUUCAAACCAGGCCUGAGGGGAGCUCAUAAGUUCACACCUGAUCCAUCUGCUACAGCCAUUUUGAAUGAGCUGAGGGGCUGGUACCUUGCUGUGAGAGGCUUUUUCAUCUUGAAAUAUGAGAUGGAAAGCCCUGGGCUGGCUUUGCUGCUCAAAGAGUAGGUCUUCUCUUGCAGACAGGCUUCCACAGGUCAGAAAUCAUCACUUUGUUCUAGGAGGCUUUAUGGUGUUUCCAAUUAGAAGGACGUGGAGGGAGUGGGGUGGAGCAAGGAAUGCUGCAGUGUGGUUAUGGCACUCCUAGUGGCAGAUAGUAAUUCCACAACAUCGACGAAAACCCAGUUCCCUCAACAUCUGAGGCAGAUGAGGGAGUGCAGCACCUUGCUUUUGUACACAGGAGAAAAGCAGGUCUGCUCAUAUUCCUGAAGAGGAAGCUUUUGCAACUCCCUGCUUUGAUUUGGUUUCUGUAGCUUGUGUAAAGGUUUCUGAAACUGAGGGUGUGGAAUAAAACUUUUCAAAGACAUUC